GCAACCUCCUCCAUCAGGCCUUAUCUCUUGAUAGUCAUCUAUAACCUCUCACUUCAGAUUUCCCUGGAACAUCUUAUCUCUAAUCUCCCAGCAACCACCAUAGUCAUUCCAUCUCCAGAGUCCAUACAUCUUUGGCUUAUUUUAAUUCGGAUUCGGACAUCAAUUGUUUCAUUAUCUCCAGUGGUCUCUCCAAAUGUGGCGGCUGCCGGCAACGGCAAAGGUGACGGCGACAACACAGGCGGCGGAGAAAACACAGGCGGUGGUUGGCGGCAAAAGGCAAAGGAGGCGGCGAUGGCAGUUGUGAUGUCAGAUGCAGCGAUGGCGACGUCAGAUGCGGUGGCGGCUGGUGGUGCCGCUGGAGUCGGAGCGGGUGAGGGUGGCAGUCACAGCCUAGACUGUACCACUGAAACUUCCGUAUCUUGUUCGGUCUUGUAUAUUGGAGUAUUAUUAAAACAAUCAGACACUUCAUUAAGGGUAUAAUUGUCAACCCACGUAUUUUUGCUCCUAUGAAGGUAUACGGAACAUUAGACUCCUAUAAUUGCAUUUUAGUUAUGUUUUACUCCUACAUGGGGAAUUACCCCUUUGUUAAUACACUCUGUACUAUACUGUGAGACGGAGAGCCGUUUUUUAAGAAUUUGAACUAACCAUUCAUCUAGAACACGGCUCACCAAUUAUAGGUGGUCAAAAUUUUUUAAUGGUAGCAUUAUACGGAUUACGGAGUAAUAUAAUGAGAAAUGAUUUGUCACUACGAAUAAGCCCAUUUGAAAAGCUUUCAAGUCGGUUUGUUUUAUGAAUUUUUGUGAAAAUAUU